AAGAGUGAGAUAUAGUGAGUUUCUAAUGGGCUAACAGGAAAGUUAUCACAAAAUAAAAGUAUAACUAUCAAUGUUUCUAAAUCAUGAUAAUUAAACAUUAAUUAAUGAAUCCAAUCAUUGAAAGGAUUAGUGUGAGUUGAAAUCAAGUGCUCAUUUAAAUUAUCAAUCAAAAUUUUGCUCAAAAAAUCAUGGAUUGAUCAGUGUAAAAUCAUCACAAAACAGCAAAUAUCAGGUUUCAACAAACAACUUCAUACUCAACCAUAAAGCCAACAUCUUCAUCGUCUCUCCAUAGACUUCACUUGAUUCCAAAUAUCUUAAACACUCCCUCAAUUUUAUCCUUUACAUCUUUUUUGUUAAUAAUAAUAAAUCAUCAGUCAUUUCACCAAUCGAUCAAUCGUCUAAACAAUCAACCUACAUUGAUUGAAAGUGAUUAAAACAUUCAAUUAACUUAUGUGCUCAAGUUAGAAGCUUGAAAAGUUCAACCGAGAGAGUAAAUAUUUUUCAAGUGGUAAAAACAUUGAUAAUUGUCAGUAAUCAGUGUUAAACAAAAACAAAGUCACAUUUAAAGGGAAGACAAUUUAAGUGUAAAUUGUUGUUUUUUGGUCAAUACUUGGAUCUCACAAAUGGAUUUAUCUCAUAGACCUGUAAAAUUAUGUAUCCUAUCAAAGUGGACACCUCAAUAUGAAGGCUAUGGAUUUGACUUGAUGACCAAAAAGUCUGGUGAAGGACAUUAUAUUUCAAUGGUACAUGAAGGUGGACCUGCUGAGGCAACCCACUUGGAAGCUGGUGACUGGCUAAUUGAAGUUAAUGGAGUAAACGUUGAAAAGCUUAACCAUGGUGAAGUGAUCAAAUUAAUCAAGGAAUCGGAAAAUGGUACAGUAAAAUUACUGUUGGCUCCAAAUGAAACUGAUAAAUGGAGGAAACGGAAUCAAGUUACAAUCACAAGCUCCCAUCCUGAUCUAGUUCAUUACAUUACCCCGCCCUAUCAAGGUAAACUGCGUUCAUUUCUGAAUGGUGCACUUGACCGAUUAGUGAUUGGUAAAAGAGGUGAACAAUCUGAUUCAGAGCCUAGUGUCUAUCAUCGGUAUUCACUGCCAAUACCUUCAGGAAUGUCUGAUAAUGUGGUUGAUUGGUCGCCUUCAGGUCAAUCGCCAAAUGGUCGAGCUGAAGGAAUCCCAAUGAGACAAUCAGCUCAUGGUGAUGGACAGUUUGCUGGUUCAUUGGAUGAACAGCGUCAAAAGGAGAUUGCCGAUUGGCGAGAUAAAUCAUUAGAGAUGUUGAUGGCAAGUCAAAUUGAUCAGGACGAGGAUGAUAUUGAUGAUCAUGACAUUAUUGAUCAAGUGCAAGAUGAAGUUUCAAUACUUUCUCCUGAUGUGGACGAUGAUGAUCAUGCUAUUUAUAUUGACGUUAAAAGAGGUAACAAUAGUCGACCAAUUUCAAGUAACCAGGAAAAGGUUUUGGCUGACAUACACUUGAUCGAUAACAACUCUCAACAAGACAAUAAUAGUGUUAUCACAAACAAUAACAAUAGUGAUACAAAUAGUGCUUUUCAAGAUAAUCGCCAUUCAACUAGCUUAACCUUAUUGGAUGGUGAAUUUUUUGCACGUCAAUGUAAAGUGAGGAAAGAUUCGGAAACGGCAGAUUAUGGCUUUAAAAUGGACUCUUUACCGUCUGGUGGGGGUCACUUUUUAAGAUCAAUUGAACCCACUGGUCCUGCUGGUAUAAGUGGCAUUUGUCAAAAUGAUAGAUUAAUUGAAGUAAACAAUGUUAAUGUUGAAUAUACUGAUCAUGAUACGGUGGUUAAUAUGAUCCGAAAAUCGGCAGAUUGUGAAGUAACUUUACUGGUUGUUGAUGAAAAAUCUUAUAAAUGGUUUCAAUCGCGCAAUAUAAGGAUUCAUCAUGGUGCAGGAGGAUCAUUAGUGCGUUAUUGUGACCAUCGAGGAUUAAGAGAACCAGGAUAUACAUUGGACCGUUCAGUAUCGAUAGAAGACAAUAGGAGAAGUCAAUUAUAUCGAAGAGGUUUAUCUCAACAAUCAGCUGGAAACUCGAGUGAUGGAGAUGUUGAAAUAAAGGAUCAAACUGAUAGAUUAUCAAAAAUUGAACCCGAGGAAAAGGUUAACCGUGAAGACAAUGAAGAUGAUAAAGAAGACGAUAAAGAAGAUGUGAGACAGUCGACGUCGACAACAGGCACAGUAACAACCACUCGAUCAUCCAAAAUAAAUCAACGAGAAUCUCGAUCAACACUAAGUGACUGGUCUUUUGGAUCAUUAAGUGAAGCAGAUCGGUUCAAUCGAGGAAAGACUAUUGUUAGGGUUCCUGAUGAUGCACCAAGACCUAGGUUAUGUUCAAUAAGCAAAGAUCCUGAUGGUGUAUUUGGAUUUACUUUGAACACUUAUGAGAAAGGACGAGUCAAAUUGAUUGCCGAUAUUGAUCCAGGAAGUCCAGCCGAAGCUGCAGGUUUACUUCAAUGGGAUCGAGUGAUUGAAGUCAAUGGUGUAAACAUCAACAUUGAAAAUCAUGCUCAAGUAACGGGUCGUAUUAAAGCAUCAGGUAACCGAUUACAUCUUUUGGUACUUCCAGAAGGUCAACAUGAAUGGUAUGAAAAAGCCGGAAUAGUGCCAAAGUCAAAUCAAUCCAACGUCAUUUACCUAUCAAAUACCGAUGUAACCCGAGACUCAAUCACAAUUGCUCGUUCCCUUGAAAAUUCAAUAACCAAUUUGUCAACAAGCCACAAGACGAAACCAAAUUUACCCAAAAAACCAUCAUUUUCAUCAUCAGCGACAACAACAAUGUCAAAUCAGUUAACCUCGUCAAUGACAAGCUCAACAUCAGAGUCAACAUUAAAUGAUAAAUCUAAAAGCUCUUCAAGACUAGCUGAUGAUAAAGAUGAACACGGAGACGAAGAACAAUCAAUUGUAUUGAAAACUGAUAAUCAAAUUAAAGAGUUAAAUGAUCAACAAAUUGGUGACCACAGUAUACGCAAUUCAACGAUAAGCCAAUACAAUACAAUUCAAUACAAUACAAUUGAUGAGGAAACAAGUGAAGCAAUUUAUGAUCACAUUGAGACUCAUCAAUUAUCAACACUUCCAUUGAGAAAAUCAAAGAAAUCAAGUUUUACCAAAAAAAUUUUCAAACGAUCGCUAUUUGGUGGUAAAAAGGAUAAAAUAUAUUCCACAAUUGGAUCAAUGUCCAACCUGUCGAUUAAAAGUGAUAUUGUUAUGGGACAAUCAAGCUCAAGGGAACAAUUUAACCACACUGAGGCUAAAAUAACCCGAUCAGCAACACUUGCAAGUGAAGACGAUGUUCCUGCACUGCCUGAAGAUGAUGAAAAUCAAGUUCAAUUGGUGGUUAAAAAGGAUUUGUAUGAAAAAUCAUCAGUCUGGUCAACAUCUAGUGAUAAUAUUCAUAAUAACAAUAACAAUGUCAUGCACAACAAUAAUGGUAUUACAGGUGGUCAAGAUGUGACACAAGAUGGCCAAAAAGACGAAAGUGAAAGUCAAUUGUUGGAAAAGCUGAAAACUUUGUCUUUACGUGAAAUUGCACAGAAAAGAGCCGAAAGCAAAAUUCAAGCCUAUCAUCGAAUGCAACAAUUAAAUUUCCGUCAACGAAUUGCACAUUUCGAAGAUCUUUAGAUAAAAAUAAUAAAAUUAAUUUUCUAAUCA